AUGGCUUCGUUUAUCAAAAAUGUUUUUCUGCUUGUGAUUCUAGUGUUGUUCUUAACUAUGUGCGACGCUGGAGUCGACUCCACUGUCACAAUGACUAAUGAUUUGGGUGCAGAGUUGACCGUUCACUGUAAAUCUGGAGACGAUGAUCUUGGUUCGCAUGUGGUACCUGUUCAAGGCACCUAUGAAUUUUCAUUUGGUACCCAUGCUUUUGGGCGUACACUAUUCUUCUGCAAAUUCCAGUGGUCGGGAAAUUCUCACUACUUCGACAUCUACAUACAAGACAGAGAUUUGCAAUGGUGCGUUAGAUGUAAAUGGAGUAUAAGACCAGAGGGUCCGUUCAGGUGGAAUCCUUAUCAGAAGACAUGGGAACCUUUUAAGUGGAACGAGGAUCAUCCGAAAUUAGUUGCUCCUUAA